UCUCUCUCUCUCUUAUCCUGCAGGCUAGACAGAGCGGAAGCAAGCUGCAAGCAUCCAGCAUCCAUCUGAAAUCACAGGAAAAGCUGGAGAAGAUCCAUCAUUCCCAAGGUGAAGCUGGUAACAGCAGCGGAGAGAAGACGAGGAAAGGAGGAGGAAGAGGGAGAAGACGCAGCCAUGAUGGGCACACCUCUCCGGAGGAAAGACCCGGUAUACGAGAUGGCUGAAGCCGAACUUCAUAAGGAAAGGCUCCAAGCCCUGGCGGAAAAACGAAAAAGACAAGCCGAGAUAGAGGACAAAAGAAGACAACUCGAUGAACUUGUUCUACAACUUCAACAUUUCAAGUCUAAAGCCACGAGGGAGAGAUGGCUUUUGCAGGGGUCACCAGCAGUGCCUCAAGAGGAAGAGGAAGGUCGUAGGAAACAGGUUGAGCAAGAUGAACGUCACGUCAAAGCACUAGAACAUACCAUUCACAGUUUGGAAUCAGAAAUCUGUCUCCUGGAGAACGAAGAAUCUCAGAUCUCGGCGAAAGAGCAGGUUCUCAGAGAGCGACUGAGGGAAACAGAGAGAUCUAUCGAAGAUCUACAGAAGAGUCUUCAGUAUCAAGAUGGAGAUGCGGUGAAUUACAACUGCUCCCAGAUCCCAGAACUGAACUCCCAAACUCCCGUCUCGGCUUCAGGGGAUCAACAACCGCCAAGAAAACCUGCAUUAUACGCCAUGGAGAUCAAUGUCGAAAAGGACCGGAAGACGGGUGCCACCAAGAUCCUCUCGGCCUCCGCGGUCAGUCCACAGGACGCUCAUCAGAGGGGCGUCAAAGUCUACGACGACGGCCGCAAGGUGAUCUAUGAGGUGCGUUCUGGGGGAUCUACCACACUGGAGAACGGCACGCACCCCUGGAGUCCCGGACAGGUGGAUCAACUGAUGCGGCAAGUCGGCCAAAACCAACAACGAGAGGACGGCGGCCGAGUCACUGUCACGCCGGCUGAGCCACAACCGAAGGGAGGACAGUUGAGCAAGCAAGACGCCAAACAAACCCCUAGCAAAGGCUACGAAGGCGAGGUCACGGAGACGCCAAAGGCCUCAGCCGACAAACCGGUGACCAUGAUCUUCAUGGGCUACCACAGCAUUGAGGACGAGGAGGAAUCCAAGAAGCUGCUCGGCUUCGACGGCACGAUCAAGGCCGAGAUCGUCCUCAUCGACGAGGACGACGAGAAAUCUCUCCGAGAGAAGACCGUCACCGAUAUGUCCACCAUCGACGGGAACGCCGCGGACCUCGUGUCGGGUCGGCCUCUGUCCGACACCUCUGAACUGUCCUCAGAAGGAAAAGACGAAAGCUCGACCAAGGAACUGCCACCCACAGGCGGUGAGAAGGCUCGAUCAGUGUUGCUGACGGCAGAGAAUGGACUGUAUCCUGCAGCGACGGCGAGAUCUUCAGACCCUCUGAAGUCCCCUGAACUCUCAGAGGAUGACAGUGAGCUGAAAAGAGAGAGAAGCCUGAAGACUGUAAGUUUUUUCGAUUCAGCGAGUGUGAUAUCUGCUGGUGAGAGCAGUAUGGAGCUUGAAGUUCAGACUGAGACCCAGCAAAGUUAUGUGGGCGGUGGGCAGAACAGUGUGAGAGACGGGGGAGACGGACUGGACAGCGAAGUAGCCAAGGAAAUCCUGUACCUGGAUCAGGUCCUUGAGGACAACUGCUGUGACCCCAGGGCCGAAAUGACUUCAAAUGGGACAAGUUCCCUAGAGAUUAUCUCAAUUCGAGGUCAUGGAACUGGACCUUCUGUGCAUACCUGUGACACAUCAGCCUUACACAACCAUGAAGUUGUUUUAGAAGGCAAAAAACAGACCACUUUUGUUGAUGAUAACUUUAAUACUAAACCCAAUGGCCAUGCAGCGAUGAUAGGAAACGACUCUACAAGGUCACCAGAGUCCCCUAGGACAGCAAUCAAGAAAGAGGCACGUUUUGAGCUCCGACCAUUUCAUGAAGAAAAGAAACCAUCAAAACUAUUUGACAACCCAACUGAGAAAGAGGUCCGGGUGAAGAAAGUCCGACCCACGGAGGAAAUUGCAGAGCUAGAGAGGGAAAGGCUGGAACUCAUUCGGGGUCAGGCAGUCAAGAAAAAUCCUGGAAUUGCAGCGAAAUGGUGGAAUCCACCUCAGGAAAAGGCACUGGAAGAGGAGCUGGAGCCAGAGCAGCUGGAGUCUCUUCGAAGAUAUGAGGAGAGGAAGCAGAGGAGGCCAGAAACAAACCGUAUGCCACAAGCUGCUCCCAGACAGACAAUCUCCGUCAUCCAACCUGAAAUAGGAAACAAGGAAGAUGUUUUCAUGGAAGAGAUUGACUUUUCUGCAGCACGCAAGCAAUUUCUGCAGAUGGAUCAUAGCAAGCAGCCCACAGCCCCUAAGAGGAACGUGGCACCGCAGCUUUACUCUGCCAAACCUUUCUUCAGGACUCCCGAGGUCACGCACGUAGAGAGGCCAUGCGGUUCUGUCACAGUUGCCAAUCAAGAAGGGGUCACAUUCUAUGAUGGAAGUGAAGUUACUACAGUCAAAGCUGAAAAGAUUUACUGCUGCUCUGGAGAAUCUGUCACACCACCCAAAAAUGGUUUGGCUCAGAACGAGUUUAAAGAUGAUGAUUUUACUUGUGCCCGGGCUGUGAUGACCAUUGUGAAGGAAGAGGAUUCUGAUUUGUGUCAACGUUCUUUGAACAGCUCCUACCAUAUGGAAGAAAUUGACUCCGGGUUAGAUGACCUAUCCCUGCGGUCUCAGGACACCACUGUACUCGAGACGCUCUCCAAUGACUUCAGUAUGGACAACAUAAGUGACAGUGGUGCAUCAAAUGAGACCACAAGUGUCUAUUUGGAAAACUCUCUUGGGGAAUACUCUUUUCCCUCAACUCCAAUGGCCACUACACCAAUCAAUGGGAAACAUGAAAUUGGUAUCAGAUCUCCAGGUGAACAGAGUGGGUCUUAUCACGGAGAAGGCUUGACUGAAGAAGAGCUGGAAUACCAUGCUGGUAUUCUAGUUCAAAAUGCUAUCCAGCAAGCCAUUGCUCUGCAGAAUGACAAAUGGGAGCCUCUUCAGGCCACACAACAUUCGUCCCCUAUCCCCGAAAGACAUUUGGAAAGCAUUCAACCCCAACCCCUAGUCGAGAGAUCUACCAUCACAACACCUCCCAAAGUGCCAUCCCCUCAGGAAGAGACGAGAACAAUUGCUCCUCAAAUAACUGUAGUUCAAGCCGCCCCAGUUAUUCCAGUGAACACUUACAAACCCCCUAGUCCUUCUCCACCACCAGUGGAGAAACCAGAAUUCAGCUAUUUCAGUAAGUACUCUGAAGCAGCAGAGCUCAGGAGCACAGCGGCUGUCACUCGUGCUCAGGACACAGAAGUCACCUCAGGGCCGUUCAAGCUGCGCUCCCGCAAACAAAGAACCCUGUCCAUGAUCGAAGAGGAGAUCCGGGCAGCCCAGGAGCGCGAGGAAGAGCUGAAGAGACAACGACAGGCGAGACAAACAUUGCAACCGCCCCGUACUCAGAAGCUGAAGGCCGGCAACCAGCCAAACAAGCUGGUCCUUACUGGGAAGACAGCACCAGGUAAGAUUGAGAAGGUUCGUCCGGUUCCUCCGGCGUCGCCGUGCCCUUCAGAAGGAGCUCUGCCCUCGCCUCUGUCUGAUCUGGGCAGCGACGACUCUGGAGGAGGACAGCGGACCAAGAACUUCAUGCAGACUCUGAUGGAGGACUUCGAGACACACAAGGUCAAGCGCAGAGAGAAAGCUGAGGACAGCAGUUAUGUCCGCUCAGUUACAACUGAGGUUCUGGAGGCAACGCGUGUCACUCGCAGAAAAAGUAACAUGGCCCUCCGGUGGGAAGCAGGAAUCUACGCCAACCAAGAUGAGGCUGAGGAAGAUGAGGAGGAGGAGGAGGAGGAAGAGUAAACUAAACCUUCUUUCUGAAAGAGAGAAAACAGAGGGAAAAUGUGCAACGGGACAAACACAAGUAUUUAUUGGGAAUUCACCCCUCUCUGAAGAUUUGUUCUUUCUGUUUCUGGAGAACAAACGGGACAUAACUUUCUGUUGACAGUGAAGACCAGAGAUACUACAACACUUUAUAUUUCCACUACCAAGAUAGAGCUUUUUCUUUUGUGCUGAUCCGUUUUAAGAAAGUGGAAUGGUUCAAGUAUCACAUUCUUUUGAGACUUUGGGGGUUUUGGCAUUAAUGAUUAGUGUGAAGACCACGUUGCAUUUAUACUUCCCGACCCAAGAUGUUACUAAGGACAUGGGAAAAGAAUGAAAAAAAUCGGAUAAUAUUUUGUUAUUGGUUGAAGGAGAGAUUGGAUGAAUCUGAUUUCUUGUUUGAUUAUUGACAUUUCAACUCUACACAAUGUGUCUUGCAGUGUCUGAAAGGGCAAAAUACUGCUAUUUGGUUUUCUUGUUGAUUACAUUUUCAAAUGAUCUCGAUUGCAGAGAUAGGAACUCAAAUCAUUCUCCUAAUAUUGCCAUAUUGUUCAGAGAGAAACUUUAAUGAGGUGGACAAAUGAAAGUAGGGCUCAGACAUGUAACCUUGAAAGACUUGAGGUCUGUGAGAGCAAACUCUUCACCCAGACCAACAUAACAAUACAGCGAAGUGGUAAUAACUUGCAGAGGAGGUCAAUGAAUUCUCCAUUGACAAAAGACAGGAGAUGUUUUCUUUAGGACGUUAUUGCUGUUUGCAGUUGAAGCCACCUGUGUUUGGCUUCAAGUUAUAGCAUCAGACAUGGUGUGGUACAGAAUAUUUAAUGGAUGAUGUAGAUUUUUUGUUGGGGAAUGUUUAUGUUGUGUUGUGUUAUGUGUAGGACAGAACAGCAAAAGCAGUGCCUUUAAAGUGCCCCUGUUGUGUUCCUUUUAAGGUCUCCUACAACAGGUGUACAUGCAUCAAAGGUCAAAAAACACUUUAUUCUUUCAUUUUCUCAUUAUAUACAUUUCAGUACCAGCGCUUUUCUCACAAUGCCUCCAAUGGUUCGAUAAAUGAUUCAGUUUCUUUAAACCCUCCUUUCUAAGAGUCUACUCUGCUCUGAUUGGUCAGAUGACCCAGUGUCUUCUGAUUGGUCUACUCUGCUCUGAUUGGUCAGAUGGCCCAGUCUGUUGUGAUUGGUCAACUCUCAUUAUCAUAUUUGAACUACAGUGUUUAAGGGUCAAGGUAGAUAUUGUUCAGGUUCUGCCAAUGAAGAGCAUAGCCUGGCAUUAUUGAAAUAUGGGUAACACUUUACUUGAAGGGGUGUGCAUAAGACUAACAUGACACCUUCAUAAUCAUGGCAUGAGAUAUGUUA